CCAAAAUCAAUCUCGAAACCCCCGCUCUUUAUAUAUGUACUCCUUCCCUAACAAGUUCUUCCACUUGAACUCAAUCAAUCUCGAAACACCCAGUCUAUCUCUUCAGGGGCAGAAAAAAAAAAAGAGAAGAAGAUAGAACAAAGAAAAUUGAAGCCCCUGAAAAAUGGCAAAACCCACACUAGAUUUGAUCCAAAACCCACAAAAGCUCUACAAAUCCAAAGACCAUAAACGUAGGGCGAAGGGAAUGUCUUUCUUGGCAUUCGUCUUCUCGGUCUUCUUCUACAUCUCAGUCUUCUACAUCUUCAACCUAUCUCCAUCCCAAAACUUCAAGAACAGCAAGUUCUGGUUCUUCAUCUCCAACACCCUCAUCCUCAUCAUCGCGGCAGACUACGGAGCUUUCUCCUCAUCAAGCAGGGAGAGGCACGAUGUCCUCUCUGAGGAGUACCUCGCGCGCACUAGCCUCGCAAAGAACAACAGCGUUGGGGGCUUCGUUCCGGUGCUUCGGCAUGACCCAGAAACCGUCGAGGAAAAUGUCUCGGGAGAAGAGAAGCGUGUUGUCUGGGAGGAAACGAAAGCAGCGGCUGAGGUAGAGCCAGAAAGAGAGGCUGACUCGAAGCAGAGGCAAGAGGAGGAAGAAGAAGAAGUGGCGAAGAAUGGUCCUCAAGAUGAUGAAGCUGAGAAGCAAGUGGAGGUUAACGGCGAAGCAGAGAAGGAGAUUGUGGCGAAUGAAGUACCAGAGAGCCAGACUGAGAACGUUAUAGAGGGGGCGAUUACCGAAGAGAACGAUGAGUUCUCGAGUAUGUCGGAUGAAGAGUUGAACCGGAGGGUUGAGGAGUUCAUUCGGAAACUCAAAAGGCAGAUUCAGCUUCAAGGGGUUUGAAGAAGAGGGAAAAAAAAAAGAAGGGAAAGAAAAUCGAACUCUUUUUUUUUUUUUUUUAACAAAAAAUCGAACUCUUUAGCGUAGCGGUUUAUGCCGCUGCUUGUCAUCCCACCGCGGAAUCUGGGACCAAUCAAGCGUUCGUGCUCGUUUGAUCCUGCAACACCGUCGAUUUAGGCCCGUGAUAUCGCGAUAAAACAAGAUUUUGUAUUACGACGAGUGAAGAGACUUCCCGAUUGGACGAGACCUAUGGAGAGUAGGACUGAUUUCCUUUCGUUAUAUAUUUUUGUCACUUUUUUGUGGUUAUUAGGGAGUAUGGUAGUGAUUAGUGAUCAUUUAGUGAACGCUCUUUUUAGAAUCCUUGUGAAAAGCUCCUUGUUUAUAAUAAAUAGUUAUUAUAAUAUGAAUU